CUCUCACCUCUUUAUUCACUUGCACUUGCACUUGCACCCACCAACAUCAUCUAAAACCAACCCAACCCAAUCCCAAACAACCAAAAGAAAAAGAAAAAUUCACACUUGUAGACUUCUAGUACUUCUAGACUUCUAGCUAUAGCUUAAGGAGACCCACUCAACCCACAAGAUAUAUAUCAAAAUUAAAGUUCAUACCAUCUUAUCAAAAGAAAAAGAAAAAAAAAAGGGGGGUAUACUAGUACUUGAAGAUUUGAACCCCAUCCCAAUAGCAUCCAUCACCACCAGCUUUGAAGUUUGAGCUUGCUCAAAGUCCAACAUUAUUCUGUAUUCUCUGUUUUGGUGGGGUUAGGAGUUUAUAUAAUUUUCUUGAGAAAAGGAAGAGUUUUUAUUUGUGUUUGUUAGUGAAAAACAUGAGCAAUUGGUUGGGGUUUUCUCUGACUCCACACCUGAGGAUUGAUGAAGAAUUUGAGAGACAAAAUGAAGAGCGUGGAAAUGGAGGAUCUUAUCCUCCUCCUGUGAUGCCUUUGCGCUCUGAUGGCUCUCUCUGUGUUGCUGACUCCUUUUCUCGCUCUGCUGCACCUCAUGAAUGGAGAUAUGAGAAUGCAAUGGGAAGUGGAAAUUCAAAUGAAGAAGGUCCAAAGCUUGAAGACUUCUUAGGAUGCUACUCAAAUCCAUCACCACUUGCGGAAACCAAAGCAUUUUGUCAGCAAAACCGAAACCAAAACCAACAAAACAACUUCUCAAAGAUGAAUAUGAAUGUUGAAACAUCAUCGUCACUGUUCCAAUCAUUCAAUCCCUACAAUGAUAGCAGAAGCAACCACAACCAUCAUCAUCAUCAUGCUCUCAUAGCGGGCAACGGGGUUUACAAGUCAUCAUGGUUGGCACAAACUUGUUGCUCAUCUUCAUCUUCAGCGGAGGCAAAUCAAAAUAGUAGUAGCAAUAAUAAUAAUAAUAAUGGUGGGUGCAAUUUCCAAUCUCUGUCACUGACUAUGAGUCCGAGCAGUGUUCAACAACAAGAACAAAAUGGUGGGGUGGUGGUGGUGAGUGGAAUGAACCACCAAGUAGUGCUUCAUAAUCAACAUAAUCAGGUUGAUGAUGACACUCGUAAAAGAUCCAUUGCUAAAUCUCAAGGGAGAGAACCGGUGCCUCGAAAAUCUAUUGACACUUUUGGCCAGAGAACUUCUCAAUACCGUGGUGUUACAAGGCAUAGAUGGACGGGUAGAUAUGAGGCCCAUUUGUGGGAUAAUAGUUGCAGAAAGGAAGGACAAACAAGAAAAGGAAGGCAAGUUUACCUUGGUGGUUAUGACAAAGAAGAAAAAGCAGCAAGAGCUUAUGACUUAGCUGCACUCAAGUAUUGGGGUCCAACAACUCACAUAAAUUUCCCUUUAAGCACUUAUGAGAAGGAACUUGAAGAGAUGAAGCACAUGAACAGACAAGAAUUUGUCGCCAAUUUGAGAAGGAAGAGCAGUGGAUUUUCAAGAGGGGCAUCUGUGUAUAGAGGCGUGACAAGGCACCAUCAACAUGGAAGGUGGCAAGCUCGUAUAGGAAGGGUUGCAGGCAACAAGGACUUGUAUCUUGGUACAUUUAGUACACAAGAAGAAGCUGCAGAAGCAUAUGAUAUUGCAGCAAUCAAGUUCAGGGGAACAAGUGCCGUGACCAAUUUCGACAUAAGCAGGUACGACGUGAAGAGGAUUUGCUCGAGUUCGACCCUAAUCGCCGGAGACCUUGCAAAACGGUCUCCUAAAGACUCAGCUCUGGCCACCGCCGAGGACUUCAACUCAUCCGGUUCGGCCGCCACACCUUCUCAACCAACUCCCCUGGCAAUAACUGAUGGUGAACAACACUCUGAUGAGUUGUCCAACAUGGUGUGGAAUGGCAACAGCGACGAGCAACAGCAGAAUGAGAGCGGAACCAUCAACAGAAAUGUCGCCGGUCCAUUGUCGCAGCAGGUUUCGCCAAGCAACAAGAACGAGGCGAACCCGCCGCAAAGCCCCAAUGAAUUUGGGGUCAAUGGAACGGAUUAUGGACAUGGAUAUUUCACUCUGCAUGGACCACCAAAAUAUGAUGAUGGAAACAAUGAAAAUGAACACAGGAUUGGGAAUUUGGGUUUGGUUAAUCAAGUUCCUAUGUUUGCUUUGUGGAAUGAAUGAGGGGAAAGUUUGGGAGUGUGGAAAAGAAUUUUAGCAUAGAAAAAAGAAAAAGAAAACAAAACUAUGAUUAGAAGGAAGAAUUAUUGAAUUAUUAUUAUUAUUAUUAUUAUUAUUAUUAUUAUUAUUAUUAUUAUUAUUAUUGUAGUUUUUGUAAUGGUAACUUAACUUUGUUCUAUUCUCAAGGAAGGGGGUGUCAGAAUUACAAUGUUGAUUAGUUGCUAUUGAGUAUUGUAUUUGACUAUUUGUAUGCAUGCUAACAUGACAAAGAUUAUCUUGUAUCGGCAAAGAGGAAAAUCAGCUUAAAUCAGUCAUAGGU